CAGCUCACACUGUUGCACAAUUUCACUUGAUCUAAAGUUCAAGGCAUUGCAGACGGGUUUGAAUUGGUGCCCAGCUCUCUCGCUCUCUCUGUUAUUCAAGCUGCACCGUUAGUGACUGGAGUGUUUCGCUGAGCGGAGGCCCUUCAAAUUCAAAGAUCUGACACCAUGGGCGAGUGGGGUUUUCUGUCCUCUCUGCUGGAUAAGGUCCAGUCCCACUCCUCCGUCAUCGGGAAGGUCUGGCUCAGUGUGCUUUUCAUCUUCAGGAUCAUGAUCCUCGGGGCUGGAGCAGAUAAGGUGUGGGGAGAUGAACAGUCCAAUAUGGUCUGUAACACCAAACAGCCUGGUUGCAAGAACGUCUGCUAUGACCACGCCUUCCCAAUCUCACACAUUCGCUUCUGGGUCCUCCAGAUCAUCUUCGUCUCGACACCGACUCUCAUCUACCUCGGUCACGUCUUCCAUGUUAUCCACAAAGAAAAUAAGAUGAGACAAUACAUGCAGUCCCACUCCAAAAGUGAAAUCGUCAAAGUUCCCAAGUACACUGACGAGAAAGGCCACAUUGAGAUUAAAGGCAACCUGCUGGGAACCUACAUGACCUCCAUCAUUUCCAGAAUCGUUCUGGAGGUAGCGUUCAUUGUGGGUCAGUAUUACCUCUAUGGGUUCGUCAUGAACCCGCAGGUGGUCUGCUCCCGAGCCCCUUGUCCCUUCACUGUAGAGUGCUACAUGUCUCGACCCACGGAGAAGACCAUCUUCAUCAUCUUCAUGCUUGUGGUGUCCUGCGUCUCUCUUCUUCUCAACGUGGCCGAGAUCUUCUACCUGCUGUGUUAUCGCUCACGCAAACGGCGCUCAAAAACAGUGCCGUCCACUGCUUUUGCCAUUCACCCACAUGUAAAUGGUGACAGUUCAAUGAAAAAUGAGAAUUUCGGCCUCCCUGAUGCCGGUCAGAGCACAGCCUGAAGAAUGACAUUUAGAUCCAGUUUAGUAACCGAGAACACAGGUUGGCAGAUGUGACAAAUGGGGCUAAAUCUCCAGAAUAUCAUGGCCCACAUGUUUCACACUAAGAGUUAUUUAUUUAUGCGAUGCUUAAAAAAAUCCUGAAAAUGAAGUUCAAAAACUUUUACAAAGAGCAGGACAAAAGUAGCUGAGUUUUGUGGGGGGGUUGUUUCUUUCUGUCUUGUUGUCUUGUCGUAUUGAGCACAGUCACACUGGUAAUUGUGAUUGCUGGUUUUUGCAGUCAUUCUGACAUGGUCUGUGACUGCAUGGGCUGAACGUCAGAGGGACCUGACUCUGCAGCUGGACUUGGCUGCAGAUGCCUCGGGGACUCUGUCGCGUUGGCUGAAAGCCAUUUUGAAAGCUCUUUUUUGCUCUAAAGCAAUGUGUAAGGGCUGUUUACGCUACUUUGCCUCAUAAAUGUGAUUUUUAUUUUUAAGCUUCUCCAAUAUUGCUAAAUUUUGGGGGCAUGGAUUAUCUAACCGUAGAUAUUUAAAUUAUAAAUAAUUUGUUUUUUCCUAUUUUGUAUCUAUGACUGGAUGUUGGUCUACCUUGUGUUUGUAAUUGGUUGUUAAAAAUAAAUCAUGAGGCACAUUUAUUUAUUAAAAUGGGUUUGAAAAC